CUGUCUCAUUAUGUGCCAAAGAGAGCCUCCUCUGCAUCUGCGUCUCCAGACUUAACAAUGUGCCCUAAUUACAGACAAGAACACUAUUAUACCACACUUUAUGGAGCUCUGAUCCUGUUUAUGACUCUGUCUACAGCGUGUGGAUUACGAUGCUACACGUGCACAGCCACCGACCCGCACUCCUGCACAGACACUAAAUCUUGUCCCGUCAUCUUCAACCGUUGUUUCUCUCUCAGAGUAGACGGAUAUAACAUGGUCACCAAGGGCUGCCAAACCAGCAUAGCAUGUGGAGGUGCCAUGGCUUGCUGUGAAGGGAACUUGUGUAACAGUGCCAUACCCACUGGUCCCAGUGUCAUCCUCCUGCUGGUAUCUUCAGCCAUCAUCACACUCUUCCUCUGAGGCUCUGGGAUUUUGUUAUUACAAUGCUGCACUUUUUUCUGACCCCAUUUGUACAGCUGAAUGAGAAUAAACAACUUCAAUGUUAA